CAUAAAGAUAAAAUAAGAAGGCGAAAGGAGUGAGUAAAGGGACAAACAGUUUACAAAUUCUAGUGUGAUUCGUUUGUUUCUCUCUCUCUUUUUGCCUCUUUAUGUUAUGUUAAAUGUUAAUCAAUUAUUAUUAUUAUUUAUUUUUCCUCCUAUCUUCUCCACUCUUUCUCUUCUUCUACUUAUACUCUUGAAAACAAACACAUUAACAAGCAUAAGAGAAAGAAAAAAAAAGAAACUCUAGUUCUAUAGGUCCUUUACCACUCUACAACACUAGUUUUCAUUCAUUCAUUUCAUCAUCUUACCAAAAUCUAUAUAUAUAAGAGUUCUAUCAUCUUAUCUUAGUGCAUUCAUUAUAUUCUCAAAGAAAAUUUAGACAAGUGUUAGUUAAAAUGGAUAUGUCAAAUUAUUCAAAAUACAAUAGUGAAAGUGAAUCUGGUUGGACUAAUUACUUGAACCAUUCAUCUUUUUCUGAAGAACAUUUCAAUAGGAAAAGUGGGAAAAUGGAUUAUGAAGGAAAAGGAGCAACAAUGGAAGAAGAAGAGGAAGAAGAAGAAGAAGAAGAAGAUUUAUCCAUGGUUUCUGAUGCUUCUUCUGGACCUCCACAGUACUAUCAUGUAGAGGAAAAUUACCAACAACCUUAUUGUGUAAAUUGGCAUUCUUCAACUUCCAAAGAAUCCAAAAAGAAGGGUAAAGAAUAUGGUAGGAAAAGUCAACAGUCUUCACCUCUUGAUGAUACUGCUAGUUCCCCUGUUCUUAACUAUCCCAAGAAUAAAGUCAAUUUCUCUGAAAAUGGAGCAGUGGAGAAUACACUUGAUUUUUCCCCUUCUUUCUCUGCAACAAGAACAAAGAGAAAGUCUAAACUCCAGAAGCAUUCAAGUUUCUUGGAUGGUGGAAAACAAGCUUCAAAGGAACCAGGUGGUUUUAAUGGAGAAGAGAGGAAAUGAAAAUUGUAGCUGUAGCUUUCUCUGCCUCAGAAGCUAAAAGUAAGGGAUGUGAAAAAAGAUGCAAGGUGUUGAAGGACAAAGUGAUGUAAAAAUAAAGAAGGAACAGUUGUUUGGAUGUAAUUUUGCUGUUUUUUUAAUAUGUUUGUGUCCCACUGCCAAUGCAGUUUGGAACAACGUAAGAACAGGUGUUUUUUCUGAUUCCAUUUUCUUAGUUGACAUCAUGGCAGACAUGUCUUGAAUCUCUUAGGUCUUCUUCAUAGUCAUCACAUACUAUUCCCCUUCAAAUUCUGCCUA